CUUAUUUGCAGCAUUUGAAUAAUAUUUUGCAGUUAUUGUGUACUUCAACAAAGCUUAGUUUAAAAUGUCUAGAAAAGAAGUUACUGCUCGUGAUGUUAUGUUGUUUGCACCGAACCUUGUUAGCUACGCAAGAAUCAUAGUUACAUUCACUGCUUUCUAUUUUAUCAAGACAAAUUAUAUUAUCGCCUUUUUCUGUCUUAUCCUGAGUAUAUUUCUUGACGAAGUUGAUGGACGAGUGGCCCGUUUCCUCAAUCAAUGCACAAGAUUCGGCGAAGCGGUGGACAUGAUAUCAGAUCGAGUAAUAUCAGCUUGUGUUUAUGUCGCUCUUGUCAAUUUUUAUCCGGAAUAUACGACUUGGUUUCAAAUGAAUUUAGCUAUUGAUGUUGCUGGCCACUGGAUGCAUUUUCACGUGUCGCACAUCGGAGAAAACAGCCACAAAAACAUCGAUAUAAAAGGAAAUUUUCUCUUGCGAUUGUACUACACGUCUCCGCUAAUAUUCUUCGUUCUGUCUAUCGGCCAUGAAGUGGUCUUUGCUCUUUUGUAUCUACUUCAUUUUACACACGGCGCAAUGAUCGACGUCGCUGGAUUCAAUAUUGGGCUCAUUGACAUACUUUUUUACAUCGGCAUUCCAAUAAUAUUCACCAAAAGUAUUCUUAAUUUGGUUCAUUUGAGCGAUGCAUCCCAACGACUUGCAGCCAUAGAUGCGAAAGAACGAUCUAAAAUCGAAUAAUUAAUCAGUGAGGUGCGAUAUAAAAAUAAAUUACAUUAUUUCCCAAUCAUGCAUUUUUAACUUUCUAUUCCAUUUAUAAAGCCAAUUAUUAGCAUUAUGACUAGGACUCGUAUUAUUAUUGCAUUUUGUGUAACAUGUUAUUUUUAUUCUCAUAUUUAACCUAUUUAUAUCGUAUAUCCUAUAUAUAAGCUUCAAAACAUAGUAUUGGAGUCUUUGAAAGCAUGCUCAAUCUCAGGAAAGGGUUGGAACUUCCAAUCUUUCUAUCGGACAAAUUAGACUUAAAACUUUGUUAACUUAUAUUUUUUUUGUGUAAAGCUAUAAUCUAAAUAUCUGUUUCGGAAUUAUUAUUAAUAUAUAAUAUUAUAUUUUAAUGUAGAAUUGUAUCUGUAAAGCUAUAGACACAAAUGCUCCUAAUGGCCAGAUCCAAAUAAAUAAUGAAACAAUCUCGGGGGCUGGCGCAUAUGAUGUUAUUGACAUAUUCUUUUUGAAUAAUUUUCAACAGCUAUUAUUACGUUCUGAAUUACGAGCAGGUAAUUGGUGGAAAUACUCACAACCAAUUUCAGAGCUCAGAAACGGUUGAAUAGUUGAAUUUUCUCUGUGAAAUGUGUCGAGUAUUUUAUAACCAUUUAUUACACGUUGAGCUAUUUUUGUCCCAUCAGUAUUAGAAAUAUUGAACUUUCGGAGUAUGGUUAGUGAAAAAUUUAGCCUGGCUGAGGCAUUAAUUUUGUAUUAAACUCUGAUCAUAGUGAAGAUGAUUCGCGUGUCGCGGGUUUUCAGGCACGGUAACAGUAAGGAUAAUCAGCUACUUGGGGGGUUGUUGCGUUUUGUGUUUAAAUUGCCCAACCAUAAUAAGUAAUACACAAACUUGAAGCCAGAUUUAAAACCCCAACGGGUCAGAUUCGUCCCAAGGAUAUACAGAUACAUUUACGGAUGUAAAUCACAUAUAAUUCGAAAAGCACGAAGAAUAUAUUGAAGUGUUGCAGCUGAUCAAUUGAUUUCCGCCACAUUACAAAGGUCACAUUCUAAUUAGACUAAGAAGGCUGUGUUAUGUGUUGCAGUCUGUGGAUAACAGGAAACGCAAGAUGGACCUCAUUUAUAAACCUGAAAUUGACUGAAUUAUAAUUUGAUACUUUGCUAUCAUACAAGACACGGGAAAUGAAAGAAAUAUUUUUGAGAAGCUGUAAGCGAGCACUUCGGUGGGCAUGAGAGUAUUAAAUUUGGUAACACACAAGACGACAAAAGCUGAAAACUUCCAUAUAAAUUUGUUUGUUGUUUCCUAUAGUAUAUAUUAGUGUUUCAAAUUCUAAAUUAUCUGUUCAUAAUUUUGUUACUUUACAUUGAAAAAUAAAAAUUUUUCGAAAUCAAACGAAAUUAUUAAAAUUGGGUAUACGCAUUUGUGAACAAAUGUGCGCACCGGAAAUUUUUAGUGCUCUGUCAAUUACUUUUAAGAUCAAUGACAAGAGUUCUGCGCGUGUAGAAAGCGUGAGAUAUUAAGCCAAACUAAUCCUAUCUUUGUUUGCAGCAUUUAAAGAAUUGCAGUUUUUGCAGUUAUUGUGCCCUUCAAAGCUGAGUAUAGACUGACGGGGAAAGAAGUUACUGCUCGUGAUGUUAUGUUGUUCGGCCGAACGUUGUUAGCUACGCAAGAAUCAUAGUUACGUAAACGUUCACUGCAUUCUAUUUCAGUAAGACAAAUUAUAUUAUCGCCUUUUCCUGUCUUAUCCUCAGUAUAAUUUUUGACGAAGUUGGUGGACGAGUGGCCCGCUUUUAUAAUCGAUUCACGCAAUUUGGCGAAAUGGUGGACCAGAUAUCAGAUCGAGCGAUACCAGCUUUACUUCACGUCGCUGUUGUCAUUUUUUACCCGGACUAUACACAGCGUUUCCAAUAAAUUUAGCUCUCGAUACUGCUGGCCACUGGAUGCAUUUUCACGUGUCUCACCUCGGAGGAAACAGCCACAAAACCAUUAAUACUGAAGGAAAUUUUUUCUUAAGAUGUUUUCUCCGACAAUUUUCUUCGUCUUAUCUGUCGGCAAUGAAGUGUUCUUUGCUAUUUUGGUUUUUUCUUCACUUCACAAACGGUUCAAUGAUCGAAUUUGCUGGGUUCAAUGUUGGAAUAGUUAGCCUGCUUGUUUACACUGGCAUUCCAUUAAUAUUCAUUAAAAGUAUUCUUGAUUUGAUUGAUGCAUCCCAACGACUUGCAUUCAUAGAUGCGAAAGAAAGAUCUAAGCUCGAAUAAUUAAAGAGGGGAUUUCAAACUGCGGGAAAUCCUCGGUCCACGAAGUGCAAUGCAAAUUGACAAAAAAUUACUGCCAAAUCGUACAAUCCAAACUUUCUAUUCUAAUAGAUUUAUGUGUAGCUCUCGUAUUUAUAUCUUUUGUGUACCAUGUUAUUUUUAUCCACAUAUUUUUUGUUAUGUUUUUGCAAUAUGUCUUCUGAUCUCUGUUUCUAUUGGAAGGCCUGUAGCCAACAAAAGCAAUGUAUUGAAUUUACUGCCUGUGGCGCGUCUAUAAAGUACGCUUAAUCACUGGGAAAAGUUGGAAACCACAAAACCCUUCGAUAGCGCAGAUCAGAGAAGACAAAAAGUACAUCUUUGUAAACUUAUAUUUGUUGAACAUAAUAUGUAUAAAAUCAUAAGCUACAUAACCGUUUUUUUACUUAUAAAUAUAUUGUAUGUGCAUGUUGAAAUGUAUCUAUCUAUGGCGAAUGAAAAAAUGUCCUUCAUGGCAAAUGACGAAAUUCGAUUGUUUCAAUAAAUAAAUUAUA